GCGGGGCUGGCGAGUCAUUGGCGGCGGUGGACGGAGCAGGGGGAGCGAGGCCCCGGGUUGUCCUGAGUGCGAGGCCGAGCAGGACGUGCUGGAGGCCGGGGUGGGGCGGCCCGGGCCCCGCUGGAGGUGUUCGGCUCCCGGGCGGAGAGCGGGACUAGUCACCGGCCUUCUCCAUGUUUUCUCCCAGCCAGGAGGAGCACUGCGCCCCCAACAAGGAGCCCGUCAAAUACGGAGAGCUGGUGGUCAUGGGGUACAAUGGCUGCCUCCCAAACGGAGACAGAGGAAGAAGGAAAAGUAGAUUCGCACUGUAUAAACGCCCCAAAUCUAAUGGUGUCAGAGCCAGCUCGGUGCACGUCAUUUCAACCCCUCAGGCCUCCAAGGCGAUCAGCAGCAGAGGUCAACACAGCAUCUCCUACACACUAUCCAGAACCCAGACAGUUGUAGUGGAAUAUACUCACGACAAGGACACAGAUAUGUUUCAGAUUGGAAGAUCAACAGAAAGUCCAAUUGACUUUGUAGUAACAGACACCAUUUCUGGUAACCAGAACGAAGAGACGCAGAUUACACAAAGUACAAUAUCCAGGUUUGCCUGCAGAAUAGUCUGCGAUCGGAACCCACCUUACACAGCUAGAAUCUUUGCUGCUGGGUUUGACUCCUCAAAAAAUAUAUUUCUUGGUGAGAAAGCUGCCAAGUGGAAGAAUCCUGAUGGUCACAUGGAUGGAUUAACCACCAAUGGUGUUCUCGUGAUGCAUCCAAGGGGCGGGUUUACAGAAGAGUCAAAGCCCGGCGUAUGGCGAGAAAUCUCUGUCUGCGGUGAUGUGUACACACUGAGAGAGACGAGAUCAGCGCAACAAAGGGGCAAACUUGUGGAAAACGAGACCAAUAUUCUUCAGGACGGGUCUCUAGUUGACUUAUGUGGUGCCACCCUUCUUUGGAGAACAGCAGAUGGCUUGUUACAAACUCCAACUCAAAAACAUAUUGAAGCUUUGCGACAGGAAAUCAAUGCUGCCAGACCUCAGUGCCCUGUUGGAUUAAACACCCUAGCUUUCCCCAGUAUCCACCGCAAAGAUGUUGUGGAAGAAAAACAGCCUUGGGCUUACCUCACUUGUGGUCACGUACACGGGUAUCAUAACUGGGGUCACCGCAGUGACACAGAAGCAAACGAGAGAGAGUGUCCGAUGUGUAGAACAAUUGGCCCAUACGUGCCUCUUUGGCUUGGUUGCGAAGCAGGAUUUUAUGUAGAUGCUGGCCCUCCCACCCAUGCUUUCAGCCCAUGUGGACAUGUCUGCUCAGAGAAAUCUGCCAAAUAUUGGUCUCAAAUCCCACUUCCUCAUGGUACACAUGCAUUUCACGCUGCCUGCCCUUUCUGUGCAACACAACUGACUGGUGAAGAAAGCUGUGUCAAACUUAUUUUCCAGGGUCCUGUUGACUGAUGGUAUUUAUAACAAACAAUAAAGCUUUGUUAAAAAGGAAAAAAAAAAUUAAAUACUGUGAAAUUUUCACCACUAAUAUUAGAAUUGAUCUUUUUAUAAUUUUAGUAAUGGGGAGCAAAUAGAUAACCUUUUUCCAGUGUCCUUGAACUGAUCAGAUGUCAA